UCAAUGGGAACAAAGUGUGUGAACUCUCCUAGUUCGAUUAUUUACGAAACCGAAGCAUAACCCUCUGCAACAAAGCCGUACUACUUCAGUCUUUUACGAACCGAAGCCCAUCCAAACUCAUUUCAUUUCUCUCAAUUCGUCUUCAUCGCGUCUAUAUUCUUUCUUCAGGUAACUUAAUUUCUGUUCAACCACAUCUCGCGCCUCAAGGUAUUUCUUCUCCUUCACCGAAUCAUCAUCGUCUUCAUUACCUUGCACGUCUCCUCCAACACCAAAUCUCAUACUCUGUUAGUGUUUCUCUUCCAUUUCGCCUUUGUUUUGACCGAUUGAAAUCCAUUUUCCACCUUUUCCACCGAUUAAACACCAUUCUACCGAUUGAUUCUUCGAUUAGCGCCAUUCUCACCGUUCAAUCUCCAUUUCACACCGAUUAAUCAGUUCAUUUUAUGUUUUCCCCCUUUUCUAGGGUUCCAACGGUCCAUUUUAGGGUUCUCGUGUUUAUAGGGUUUUUUACCGUUCAAAUCCUAGCUUCUUGUGUUCUAGUGAGUUCGAUCUCACUUUUGUGUCCGGUUAGGGUUUUCACUGUUCUUCUUUGCUUAUUCGAUCCAUUUUAAGGUUUUUUGAGUUUUCACCAAAUUCCGCUACGUUUCUCUGUACGAGAAAGCUUGAGGAUGUUUGAUACAUGAUCAUACAGCUCCAAUAGAUCUUCUGCUCACGCAUCUUCCAUCAACUUUACUAUGAGGAUUGUGUCCCUAAGCACUUCACCAUCUAUGGUUACGCACAGAGUACGAUGACUGAUGCAGAACUGAGAAAUAUGGUUAGUAGGAACCUCACUUGUAGAAUUGAUAAGAGGUGAUUAUCAAUUCCUAAGAUAAAACAAUUGGUUAUAUGAUACUGGUUUGCCUAAGAUAUUAUGAUAUCAUUAUAGCUUUAUAGUUUUCUAUUUGAAAGAUUAGUGAUGCAAAAGCAUCUUUGGUAGGAGUUGCUAAGGGGUUCUUAACCUUAAGAACUUAUAUAUAAUAAUUUCUUAUAUAAACAAGUGUUUUUAACAUAACUUAAGAAUUGUAAAAUAACUGUAGAACCUUUUUGAAGUUUUUAAAAGAUUGUACUGUUGGAUAUGUUCUGAGAAAAUCAGAAGCACAUAACUCAUGUCUCCCCAUAUAUAUGUACCUUAGCAACUGUUUUUUUAUAUAUGUGGUGGCUCUCAUUGAUGUUGGAGUCUUUAAACCUUUACUGGUCUGUGUUUAAUUUUUUUUGGGGAGUGAGGUUGGCUUUCGUUGAUGCUUUGAUGUGUUGUGAAUAGUCAUAAGGGUAAUGGAUCGAAAUUCAAAGCCAUGAUAGUAAUGUUGUAGAAUUUUUUUUUCUAAGAAUUAUUGUGACCCGGUUUUUCUACGAAACAAGAUAAACUCUAUGACCCUGUUUUCCUUUUAAUCUGAACGAAUUAGGCUCGAAACCACUACUUAUAUCCACUGUCAACUUGUCAUUUGAUUUUAUUAUCUCUUCUCCUCUUCUGUUUCUUUUUCUACCACUUUUUUUCUUUCUCUUCUUAAAAUAAUCUUAUCUUAAUUAACAUCAUCUACUUUCUAAUCUCAUAAAGUAUUUAGUAGUGUUUUAGAUUGUGCUUUAGUGGCUUCUAUUUGCCAAUUCGCUGGAGGGUCUGGUAAAAAACUAUGAUCAAUAAUAAGCAAGAACAGUGACACGGGUAAGUGAGAAAAAAAAUUGGAUAUGCUUUUUAUUCUACAGAUAUGAUGUUUUUUGUUUCAGCAUAUAAUCAUAAACAUAAGCCUUCAAUUGCUAUAUGUUUCUCUGCAUGAGGCUGCUUUGACAGCUCUAAUGAUGAGGCUGCUUUGAAGUCACUUUCAACCAUGAAUCUACAUGGAUGACUGACGAGGAAUUCGCAAGGGAAAUGAUUGUUGGUGUAAUCCCAAAUGUCAUUUGUUGUCUUCAAGAGUUCCCUCCAAAGAGCAAGCUAGAUCCCACUCUCUGGUGAUCAAACUAGUACUGUAACAAAAGAAAAGUUGGAGAUUAACAUGGAUGGGUCACAGUGGAAGAGGUUAAAUACUCAUGCAGUGAUGGAGCCAUUUGCAAUAGCAACAAACAAGAAUCUCAGUGUGAUUCACCCCAUUUGUAAGCUUCUUUAUCCUCAGUAUCAUGAUACCAUUAAUAUCAAUGCACUUGCUAGGCAAAACCUGAUUAAUGCAAAUGGCAUUAUGGAACAAUCAUUUUUGCCUAGAAAGUAUUCUAUGGAGAUGUGUUCAGUUGUUUACAAGAAUUGGGUUUUCACUGGUGGACUAAAGGAUGAUAAACUUCCUGAUAUGGUAACUUGCUCUGUUCUGGUCUUUUUUUAAGUAUUUUCAUUUUAUUUAAACCUUCGUUGCUUACUCAUGAAAUAAUGCAGGUCAACAUUUCAUUAUUUACUAUUGACGAUGACAUUUAACAUAGUGGUUUGGAGAGCCAUGCUAAUAUUGAUCCACAGGAGCAAUCCUCACAAAAUCUAAGCCUGUUGAGUGUUGAUGACAUAUUGGGCUCGGAUUGGAUAUCAUAAAAGACUUGGACCAGGCUUAAUGGACGCUGUUUUGCCGAAAGUUUCGCGCCCGGGCGUGAGAAAAAGGACUCUGGGCGCGAUUUUACCGAGAUGGUCGCGCCCGGGCGUGAGAAAAAGGGCGCCCGGGCGCCAAUUUACAGAUAGGUUCGCGCCCGGGCGCGAGAUAAAAAGGGGCGCUUGGGCGCCACAUAGAAGAAAGAGGACGCUCGUCCAGAGUGAGGACGCUUGUCCAACGCUCGUCCAGCAUGCAGAGGACGCUCGUCCAGCGCGCAGAAGGGGACGCUCGUCCAGCAGAGGACGCUCGUCCAGCAGGGGACGCUCGUCCAGCAUGGGACGUUCGUCUGCAGGAGGGCGCUCGUCCAGCACGCUCGUCCGCGCACUCGUCCAGAAGUUGGGACGCUCGUCCAGAAGUUGGGACGCUCGUUCAGAUAGUGGACGCUCGUUCAGAUAGUGGACGCUCGUCCAGUCGUCCAAGACGUUCGCCAAAGUGCACGCUCGUCCAGAAUAGGAGAGGACGCUCGUUCGUCCAGCAGAAGCACUUUGACGCUCGUCCAUAAAAUGACCAAGAGAGGACGCUCGUCCAGAAUUGGGCCGUUCGUCCAGCAUUGGGACGCUCGUCCAGAAGUUGGACGCUCGUCCAGGAAAUUGGACGUUCGUCCAGAAGUUGGACGCUCGUCCAGGAAAUUGGACGUUCGUCCAGAAAUGAACCCGUGACUCAAUUAUGUUUUUUAAAGCUGAUUCAGAGUUGGAGAAACGAGAUCUGAAACGGGGAGAAGACCAGGGACGCUGCUGCAGCUGCUCCAAGGGGCUUCAAUGGUGGAAAAACUCCAAUUUCCACCAUCAAAUCCAUCAUUUCUCUCUUCUAUGUUGUAUAUGUGUAGCUAAAACCCCAUUUCACUGGGGUUGAGAGUAAAUUUCUGAACUCUUUGUAAUUUCUCUAUUAAUGCAUGAUCUUGUAUGAAUUUUGUGUUCUAUCCUUAUGUUUCAUGCUUUUGAUGGAAAUCUGAGCUAUUUGAACGGUUAAAUCAUUGGAAAAUGUAUGAGACCGCGGACCUAGGAUAAAACUGCUAAAGGAUUUCGAGUCCUAGACAUAGGAGGGAAUUUUUAGUCAUCUGUGACAUUGUGUUUAAGGCAAAUCUGAUAAUUGAAUUAGCUAAGGAAUUAGCAAUUUAGUUUGAAUGAUUAAGAACUGUCUCUGAGGAAUCAGGACUGCAUGCGCCUAGGAUGUCGAUGCUUAAUUUUGAGAAAUUGUGUUAGUAGAAAAUUACCGGAGUGAUGAACUUGAAUUUCAACCCCAGUGAACUUUAAUUCAUCUAUUUUUACCUCUUUAAUUUCAUCUGUAUGCAAAUCUUACUUGUGUUGUAAAAUUAAUCGCUAAAUUAGUAAACUUUAAUCAAUCUGUGAAUCAAAACAAAUCCCUUGGGAAAACGAUAUUCGGACUUACUGAUUUAUUACUUGAACGAUCCGGUACGCUUGCCGAGGUCUCAACAAGUUUUUGGCGCCGUUGCCGGGGAUUUGUUUUUGUUUUCGUUGAUUGUUUGUUGUUUAUCUGGUUUAGUUGAUUUUAGCUAUCUGUUGUUUAAGUGUGUAUUGUGAUUAUAUUUGAAUUCUUGUACAUAUUUGUUAUCAUCUGUAGAGAUUGUGUAUUUUUGGAUUGUUUCUUUUUGGUUUGUGUUUUGUAUGAGAAGCAGAGAACAGGUUGAAAAUCUACUUUUUGAUCCGGAAAUUGAAAGAACUGCUCGAAGAAACAACAGCAGACGAAGGAGACAAAGUAGAGAAUCCAGAGAAGCCUCUGCUAUUUCUGAAGAAAUUCUGGACUCAUCAUCUGGUCAAAGAAAAGAAGAAAUGGAAGAUAAUCGCACUGGAGAAGGUUCUGGGCAAGGAAGACGUACUCUUGCAGAUUAUAAUACUUUCUCAGGACCUCUGCACUUCAACAGUAUUGCAAGACCAGUGGUGAAUGCUUCUAACAUGGAGAUGAAGCCAGCUCUUAUUCAUCUGGUGCAGAACAAUCAAUUUCAUGGAUUAUCUCACGAGAAUCCAUACACUCACUUGGCUACUUUCAUGGAGAUCUGUAAUACAGUGAGGAUUCACCAGGUUCCAGAUGAAGCAAUCCGACUCAGCUUAUUUCCAUUCUCGUUGGCUGGUAAUGCAAAAAUGUGGCUGAAUUCUUUUCCAGAGAAUAGUCUGACAGUCUGGGAUGAUGUGGUUGCUAAAUUUCUGAAUAAGUUCUUCCCUCAGUCCAAAGUCAAUAAGGGAAAGCAGGAGAUCUCUUCUUUCCAACAGGAUGUUGAUGAAACUCUAGGUCAAGCAUGUGAUAGAUUCAAAGGCCUACUGAGAAAAACCCCUACUCAUGGAUUUGAUGAGCCUACAAUGUUAAAUCUGUUUCUUGGAGGGUUGAAAUCCCAAACAAAGUUAAUGUUAGAUGCAUCAGCUGGAGGUAGUAUCAGAUGGAAGACGCCUGAAGAAGCACAUGAACUGAUUGAAAAUAUGGUUGCAAAUGAUAAUGAAGUUCAGAGUGAGAGAGCUCAAUUUCAACAAAAAGGUGUUCUUCAACUUCAAACUCAAGAUGCUUUACUAGCUCAGAACAAGAUUAUGACUCAGCAACUUGAGACAUUAAUGAAGAAGUUAUCUCAGCUACUUAAAGAACUGCAGAAUGUUUCUCAAUUUCAACAUCAGAUGGUUCAGAGUUGUCAAUUGUGCGGAGGAAAUCAUAAUAAUGGUCAAUGUGCAGUGCAAAGCAUGUCUCAUGAAGAAGUACACUAUAUGGGAAAUCAAGGUCUUCAGACGAAUUAUGAUCAACGUCAAAGUUUUAAUCAAGGAUGGAGACCUCAUCCGAGUAUGGGACAAGCUGUUCCUUUCAAUAGGCCACCUCCACAGAACUUUCAGCAACAACCUACUCUGACAGACAGAACUUCAAAACUUGAAGAAACUCUUCAGCAGUUUAUGCAGGUAUCAAUUUCCAACCAUAAAAGUACAGAAGCCUCACUUAGGAAUUUGGAGAUUCAGGUGGGUCAAUUAGCUAAAAAGUUGGAAGAAAAACCAGAGAAAGACUUUGGGGCAAACACUGAAGUAAAUCCAAAGGAAGAAUGCAAUCUUAUUACUACAAGGUCAGGAAGAAUUCUGAAAGAAAGAGAGUUUAAAAAAAAUGAGUGAAGAAAAAGAUGAGAUGAGUAAACAGGGAGAUGAAGAAGAAGAGAAAGAGGAUAGAAAAAGUGAAAAAGCGAGAGAGGGAGAGAAAAAGAAAGAACAGAUGUAUGAGAAGCCUCUUCCAUAUCCAAAGGUUCUAUCUAGAAACGAGAAGGAAAAACAGUUCAGGAGUUUCAUUGAUAUUUUCAAGAAGUUGGAAAUCAAGAUGCCCUUCUCAAAAGCACUGAAACAAAUACCUGCUUAUUCGAAAUUCAUGAAAGAUGUGCUCACGAAGAAGAAAAAGUAUAUUGAGGAAGAAACUAUAGAAGUACAAGGCCAGUGCAGUGCUAUCAUUCAGAAGUUGCUUCCACCAAAGUUUAAAGAUCCAGGUAGUUUUACAAUUCCAUGUACCAUUGGUAAACUGGCGGUUGGAAAGGCUCUAAUUAAUCUGGGAGCCAGCAUAAAUCUGAUGCCCCUUUCUAUGUUUGAGAAAAUUGGGGAUCUGGAGAUGAAAUCUACACGCAUGACUCUACAAUUGGCAGAUCGAUCAAUCAAGUAUCCUUAUGGAGUGGUAGAGGAUGUGCUCAUAAAGGUAGACAAAUUGAUAUUCCCUGCAGAUUUUGUCAUCAUGGAAAUGGAGGAAGACAAAGAAGUACCUCUCAUUCUGGGACGACCAUUCAUGAAGACAACAAAAGUUGUCAUUAAUAUGGAUGAUGGAACGCUGAAACUGAAAGACAAAGAUGAGGAGGUAAUUUUUAAUGCAUUUGAUGAUGUGCAGCAGUGUAAUGAAGAAAAGGCAAUUCCUGAAGCUGCAAAUGAAAUCAUGUGUGUAAGUGAUAAAUCAGAUGACCACCAGUUGUUGAUGCAAAGCAAGGAGCCCAGAUUAGGAGAGCCAAUUAUACUGAAAGAUAAGUUGUGGGUUUUCAAAAGUAAAACCAAAGACGGAAGAUUUGAAGUUGAAGCUCCUUACUCCAGGGUAACCAGAAAGAUAUCUAGAAAACAGUGGAAGGGUUGUUGGUGGAACAGAGGAAAGAAGCUCACCAAAAUCAAAAAUCCACCAUGAGCUUAACAGGUGUCAAGCUAAAGACGUUAAACAAGCGCUUACUGGGAGGCAACCCAGCUUUCUAACUCUAUCUAUUUAUGUUUUCAGUUCUUUUGGUUGUGUGGAUUGAAUCUGAAUAUGUCUGGUUGUGUGGAUUGAUUUAUGUUUCUGAUUUGAUUUGAUUGUGAAUUGUGUGUUUGAAGUUUGAAUUUGAAUUUGGAAUUCUGUCCAUGAUAACUGGCAUGAUUGUGAGAUUGUUAUUGAAAAAUCUGAGUUUUAGAGCUUGUGUUAUGAUUAUAUAUGACUCGUUCUUGAAUCUGAUUGAUGGUGACCCAGAAGUUGAAUAUCUGAGUGUAAUGAGAAAGCUUUGAGAGCAAGUGAGAAGUUGUUAUUGCUAUGAAUUUGGUUUUUGCAUAAUUCUUAUUAACACAGAUGCAUUCUGGUUUAGAAAUGAGAAAGGCAGUUUUGUUUGAUGAAAUUAGCUACUUGGCCAGAUGACCACCCAUAUGUGAAUAUUCAUCCAUUGUUAUCCUGUUUGAGCCUUAUAUAUAUUUGUUGUGAACCCUGAGCUUAUUACAGAACAAUCUACCUUAUCCAACACUCUUGGAGAAGAGAACAAGAAACAUAUUUGUCAAGAUGAUAGGUAGAAAUUAAGUUUGGGGGAAAUCAUAAUCAGUUGAGUCUUAAACUGAUGAAAAAAAAAAUUGAAAAAAAAAAGUAUCAAAAUUAGAGAAAAAUUCAAAAAAAAAAUGUGUUAUGAGAUGAAUGAAGAGGUAGUUGAUGAAUAAAGUUUCAAUGGUGUUAUGUUCUUGUUCUCCUCUUCUUUAGUGUUGUUUUGUUUCCCUGUAAAACCAUGUUUCUUCUAGCCAAGCCAAGUUAUAACCUAAGAAAGUCCUUUUGAUUUGAAUCAGAAUGUUUGAAGUGUAUAUGAGAUGACUUGCAAAAGUUGAUGAAGUAGUUGAUGACAAUCUGAGUAUGAAUUGGAGUUGUAAACACUUGCAGGUUGAGAUAAACACAUAUUGAGCAUUAUGGUUUUAUUCUUUUUCUGGUUGUCUUAUCAUUUUGGAUUCAAGAAUUUGUCAAUAAAGAAGUAUAACAUUUGAUCUGAAUAUUUGGAGAAGUAAGUACAAUCUUUACUUUUGUGACAGAGAUUAUGUGAUGGAAUACUAACUGCUUUGUUGGGUUCGUUUGUGUUGUUUUUGUCUAUUUUCAUGAGGACACGAAAAUAUAUAAGUUUGGGGGAGUUUGAUAGGUGAAAAGUUUACUUGUUUUUGUUGCUUAUAUUGAGGGCCUUUUGAGUAAGUUUUAGUGUUAAUUCUCAUGAAAAGUGUAUAAUUGUUGAUAUUAGUAUAAUUUUCAUUGUUUAAAUGUUUUUGAUGCUUUUGUUGUUUAUUUUGAUGAAAAAUAAGGAUUGGAUAUCAUAAAAGACUUGGACCAGGCUUAAUGGACGCUGUUUUGCCGAAAGUUUCGCGCCCGGGCGUGAGAAAAAGGACUCUGGGCGCGAUUUUACCGAGAUGGUCGCGCCCGGGCGUGAGAAAAAGGGCGCCCGGGCGCCAAUUUACAGAUAGGUUCGCGCCCGGGCGCGAGAUAAAAAGGGGCGCUUGGGCGCCACAUAGAAGAAAGAGGACGCUCGUCCAGAGUGAGGACGCUCGUCCAGCGCUCGUCCAACGCUCGUCCAGCAUGCAGAGGACGCUCGUCCAACGCGCAGAAGGGGACGCUCGUCCAGCAGAGGACGCUCGUCCAGCAGGGGACGCUCGUCCAGCAUGGGACGUUCGUCUGCAGGAGGGCGCUCGUCCAGCACGCUCGUCCGCGCACUCGUCCAGAAGUUGGGACGCUCGUCCAGAAGUUGGGACGCUCGUUCAGAUAGUGGACGCUCGUCCAAUCGUCCAAGACGUUCGCCAAAGUGCACGCUCGUCCAGAAUAGGAGAGGACGCUCGUUCGUCCAGCAGAAGCACUUUGACGCUCGUCCAUAAAAUGACCAAGAGAGGACGCUCGUCCAGAAUUGGACCGUUCGUCUAGCAUUGGGACGCUCGUCCAGAAGUUGGACGCUCGUCCAGGAAAUUGGACGUUCGUCCAGAAAUGAACCCGUGACUCAAUUAUGUUUUUUAAAGCUGAUUCAGAGUUGGAGAAACGAGAUCUGAAACGGGGAGAAGACCAGGGACGCUGCUGCAGCUGCUCCAAGGGGCUUCAAUGGUGGAAAAACUCCAAUUUCCACCAUCAAAUCCAUCAUUUCUCUCUUCUAUGUUGUAUAUGUGUAGCUAAAACCCCAUUUCACUGGGGUUGAGAGUAAAUUUCUGAACUCUUUGUAAUUUCUCUAUUAAUGCAUGAUCUUGUAUGAA